UUUCUCCUGUAGUCGUCGAGCCUAAUGGACUGAGGGAUUAAAUCAAAGGCGUGUUUUGAGUCCUGAGGCUGUUUCUUUAGGGUUUGAAGAACGAGACAAAGAGAAAGAUGGGAGAGGAAACCCUCCCUUCUUGAAGAACGUCUAUGGUAUGGCUCAGUUGCCAUGGGGACAAAGAGUAACAUCAGUUGGGAGCCAAGGGGGCGGGGAAGGCUAUGGCUACUCUAGUCUCUCUGCAAAGUCGGCUACCGUUAAUCGACUGCCAAUACUACUAUAGGAACAGGACUGUAGAUGGAUAUAGAAAAAAGGAAUAUAAGGCAGCAGUCAAAAUACAGAGCUGGUUUCGAGGAUGUCGAGUACGGGCUUAUAUCAGGUAUUUAAAUAAAAUGAUGACUGUUAUACAGAAAUGGUGGAGAGGCUACUUGGGGAGAAAACACUAUCGACAAAUGGUGAAGACAGCAUAUUUGACUAUGAAGAUGAAUUUCUACAAUGAAAUGGCUGUCAGGAUUCAGAAGCGAUGGAGAGGAUUUAAGAUACGGAAAUACUGCUUUAAUUAUUAUUAUUUGAAGGAAUAUCUGAGAGCUAUUUCUGACACCAAUCAAGCAAUCAGGGAAGCACUGGAGGAAUUUGCUGAGAUGAGGGGGAGAGAAAAGAAGAAGGCUGACUUAGAGAAGGAAGAAAAGAGAAAGCAGAACCAAGCUCGAAAGACCCAUUACCUUCUCAGCACAAAGCAGAUUCCAGGUAUAUACAACUCACCAUUUAGAGAUCCAGAUCCAAUGGAGUUUGAAAUAAGGAAAGUGAGGGCUUUUCAAAUGCCAUCUGCAGCACAUCAAAUUCAGCAGACAGAUUAUGAAGACCUUUCCACCUGGCUUGCUUGCACAAGCAAGCGUUCUUUCCCACGAUCAGACAUUUUACCACCCAUUAACAGGAAGCAAUGCCAGGGGCCCUUCCGAGAUAUCGCUGAAGUAUUGCAGCAGCGCUACAAGCCUUUGCAGCCAACCUUGCGGGUGGCCACAUCAAUCAAUUCAGAAAAAGAUGCCCGAGAGGAACUCAGAAGGGAGGAAUGGAACAACCGUGUUCAUGACAACGUGUUCUUGCCAUUUUCUAGUUUCAGUAAGAAUGAAAAGUAUGUCCCAAUGGUUCAGACUUCAACUAAGUAUAAUGGCAUUUCCUAUGCACAAAAACAGUUCCAAGAGGAAGAACCUACAAAAUGGAUGAGUAACAAGCAUUGGCAACUUCCGGUCAAGAUGGCGGCUUAGAAGCAGCGAAAGUUCAGACCUCAGAAAACCCUUCCUUACCGAUCACAAACUGAAUGCUCCUCGGACACCGAAAUUCAAACUGAACAACAGGAUAGACCCCCGGAACCCUCCUCCUGGACCUGAAUCAAAAGGUAUGGCCCCCCAAAAGCCAGAACCCGAGAUCACUCAGAUCUAAGGAGUAGGCAGAAGAAAGGUCCCAGGACCCAUCCCCCCCAACCCCGAGUGUUGAGCCUGU